AGCUCCAAAAAAGGCACUUUUGACUUCAAAAUGGGAAGGAAAGAAAAAAAAGGCCUCUGAUUAUAUACUUCUUUCAGUCAUCUGGAUGAGUCUGACUAGUGACUGGAAAGUGGAGGAAAUCAGGGGAGGAUAGACCCAAUUUCUGGAAUACAUUCUGAGAGGUCAGCCAAAGUCAAACUGUCAUACCAGUGCACUUCAUAGAAAUGGAGUUCUUUGCUACAAUUUUCAAAGGCAGGAGAAAAGUUCUGUGGCUUGAAUGAUGGACCCUAAGAUCAAAUGUACUUCAUCCCCAACUUGCUUGUAUUCCAAAGCAGAGAAGAAGAAACAGAAGCCUACCUUUUCCGCAGACCUUGCUCCUGCAGUGAAUGAAGCACCGAGGAGAACAUCAAAGAAGUAUGAAGCCUGCAGGUACCAGCACAGGGAUUUCCUUGUUCAGCAAUAUCCUAUCAGCAUAUUCCUUUAUCACAGAAAACCCUGAACGUGCUGCUCUCUGUUUUGUGUCUGGGAUUUGUAUUGGACUUCUCUUGACCUUGUUGGCUUUCGUUGUUCAAAUCUCCUGUCAAACUGAUUGCAAACAGUCGUCAACCCAAAGGCCAUCAUGCAACAGUGACAGUAGCUGGAGCGACAGUGACUCAGAUACCACCUCGGACCUGUCUGUGCGACGGCAACGCCAGUUCGAAAGGACUUUGAACAUGAAUGUCUUCACCUCGGCUGAGGAGCUUGAGAGAGCACAACGACUGGAGGAAAGGGAGCGCAUCAUCCGAGAGAUAUGGAUGAAUGGCCAGCCAGACAUGCCAGGGACCAGGAGCUUGAAUCGCUACUAUUGACGGCAGCAAAUAGGAACAAACUCAUGGCAGUCCUUUUUCAUCUUUGGGGGACACAUUUUAAAGAAAAUGGUUCUCUGAGGACAGCCUGCUGGGAAGAGGACUGAAGUCCUACUGUAGAA